GAUGAGGAUGAUUACCAGGGAGACGAUAUUUCGAGUUUGGGACAUGCCGAGUUGGAGCAGACGAGGGAGAUUAGAGAGUAUGCACGUUUGGCUGGUUGGGAGAUGCCUUUGCUGGCGAAUCUCACAAAACCCUACACACCACCUACAGCAGCCACACCCCUCCGCUUCCGCUACACAACCUACAUGGGUGAACAACACCCCGCCCAACGAAAAGUCGUUGUUGAAUUCGAUCCUCAAGACCUCUCCCUCUCACCCGCCCACACUCAAAACCUGAUCAAGCUAGCCGGCGUCCGCUACAACCCCACCACCAAACUCGUAAAGAUGAGCUGCGAAGACCAUGAAACUCAAGCACAGAACAAGCGCUACCUGGGCGACACCAUCAAAGCAUUGAUCGCAAAGGCAAAGUCACCAGAGAGCGCAUGGCUCAAGGAUGUGCCUGUGGACUUCAGACACGCCAAGCCGAAGAAGCGAUACCAAUUCCCUGAGGAGUGGCUGUUGACUGAGGAGAGAAAGAAGGAGUUGGAAGCUAGAAGAGAGGCU